CCUUUUCGAGAUACCCAAUUGCCCACAGCUUCUGGUUUGCAAGGCACAGUGCCGCCCACCUGUCCGGGCACCAUAUAAAAUGAGAUCCUGGUGUUUUUGCCUGUUACAGUGAACACCACAACAUGUCCAGCUUCGUCAAUAUCGAUGGCGAUAUCAACUUCUUCUACGAGGAUAGUAGGACGGAUGGCUUGGACCCCUCUGACUAUACUACUAUGGUAUUGAUUCAUGGACUGGGAUUUAACGGGGCUGUAUUCCGAAAGUUGUUUCCAUUUGGGCCCAGUCACAACUACCGCAUUGUCAGUCUUUACAGGCGAGGGUACGCUCCAAGCAGUCCCUGGACCGAAGAAGAGGUGGCACUCUUCUCGAGCUCCGAUUUAGAGGAUGGAAAGAAGUUCAUCCGCCUAGCUGGUCUCCAGAUUACGAGGUUCUUGCUAGAGUUCGCUGCUUCGCAGGGCAUCCCGAAAUAUGACAAGGAGAAAAAGAAGGGUGGAAUCGUGCUCAAUGGGUGGUCCUUGGGGACGUUCUAUUCACAAGCCGUACUGUCCGUUUUGGACAGUUUGACGACUGAAGAGCUUGGCCAGCUGGAAACCUACCUCUGGGCUAUCUUGUAUUAUGAUCCGCCUACGCCUCCUUUCGGAAUACCACCACCGUCCCCAGCACAAGCACAAUCCGUCCAAUGGUUCCACCUGGCUACGGUCUCUGAAAGAUGGGAGGCUUUCAAGAAGUGGUGCACAAAUUACUACGUCCACCCAAACCCCCACUCGCACGACCUCGCAGAUUUAAACUUCAAUGAACCAGACGAAGACAGUCCAGCUUCUCUGAGCGGCCUCCCGGAGGAUGAACUUGAGCAGAUGUCGUCUCUUGAGAUGUUCACUGCUCAUGACCAAUCACCCUUUACCAUCAACCCUGAAGCUUUCAGAUUCGCCACUCGACAGGCUCUGUUUAAUGUUGGGAUGGCAAGGUACCUACCCAGGGUAAAGAUCAGGAUCAUAUGUGGGACAAAAGGACUGGGCUUGUUCAUAUUUUUUGUAAACGAGAUGGAGAGGGCCUUGAAAGAUCCUUCAAGUGUGUUCGGGGAGGAUGCAGAGAGGGCGAGGGAGUUCAAAGUUGUCCGUUUGGACAGAGGAAACCACUUCGUCUUUUGGGAUGAACCAAACUGGGCCCUUGACCAGUUUAUCGCCUGCUUAGAGGACUGACGCGUCUCAAGAUGAUAAUGUCAUUGCCAUUGCUGCUUGAUAAAGUUCAGACGAAAAGAUGGAGUUGCAUUGCACAAGGGUGAUAAACGCUAAAAGAACGUGGCGACAACGAGGCUCUGUUUAU